GCUAUCAUGAGGUCAUGUUUGUAGCUUUUGUGAAGGUUGAACUCUGUCCGCUAUAUGUAAACAACAAAUCUGAUUUAUUCAUCAAUUUUACACGGCAAGAAGUGUAAAAUUAUCAUUAACUGAUAAGGUUCAACCCUUCUUUCGGAGGAACAAUGUUUCUUCCUUUGCUCUUUCUGAUGAUUUUCCCUUUUGUCCUCUGUGAGUACCGAUGGUCUAUCUGCGAUAAUUCCUCAACUUACACAGAGGGGAGUGCAUACUCCACAAACUUGGAUCGAGUUAUGAGUGAUCUGUCUCGUAAUGCACCUCAAAGUUCAGGGUUUAACACUUCUUCCCGUGGCCCAUCUCCCAAUAAAGUUUAUGGCCUACUACAGUGUUUGGGUUAUAUAUCAGCAGCGAAUUGCUCAAAUUGUUUCAUGGAGGCAAAUAGCACUAUUCAAGAACUUUGCGCCAACGACGUAGGUGGGCGAGUGUGGAUAGAUAACUGCUUCUUGCGCUAUGACAACUCCAAUUUCAUUUCAACAUUAGAUACCAACUUUGCUCUCCUUGAGAACACGAAGAGUGUGACAAACAAUAUACAAGAUUUUAAGUCCACGACCUCUGGUCUUCUUUCCAAUUUGUCUGAUAAAGCUUACACCGCUGAGAUUAAUUUAUUUGCGGUUGGCUCGGCCAACUAUUCAACCUCGCAUAAUAUAUACGGCUUAGUUCAGUGCUGGAGAGAUAUAUCAAUCAAUGAUUGCAAAUCCUGUCUGUUUCAAGCAAGGAAAGCGCUGGAGCAGUGCUGUUCUUCAAGACAAGGAGCUCAGGCUAUGUCAGGAAGCUGCACAGUGAGAUACGAGAUAUACCCUUUUGUUGACUCCGGGAAGCCAGAUGCUAGUUUUUCUAUAAUAAAUAACUCUAAGGAUUUCUCAGGCAAUAUACAGAGUUUCAAAUCCACGACCUCUAGUCUUCUCUCCAGUAUGUCGUUUGAUCUAGCUAACUAUCCUCCAUACAAGGAUUUCGUUAUGACAGAGCCAACCAAAUACUCAAAUUCGGAUGAGGUAAUCGGUUUAGUUAGGUGCUCGAGUGAUUUAUCCAAGACGUAUUGUAGUUCUUGUUUGCUCGAAGCAAAGCAAUUAUUGGAGAGCUGCUGUUCUUCAAAAGAAUCAGCUCAAGUUACGUCAAAAAGCUGUAUGGUGGGAUAUCAUGUACACAAAAUUUCUGACCCCGAGGCUCCCACAACUUCACCAACAUCAACGCCCAGUCCACCGGUAGACAGGGGUCGUGCUAAUCCACCUUCACAGGCAAAAUCAAAGAAGUCAUCAAAAAGGUUACCGAUGAUAUUAGGGAUCACAAUAGGCGUGAUUUUAAUCUUCGUUGCCUGUUCACUUACAAUGUUGAGAAAACUUAAACCUGCAGUUUCCAUGAAUCCAGCGACCCUUGUGAAGCAUAAUGAAGAAAGGAGGCUAUUUACGAAAGAGCAAAUUGCCUUCAGCUUAGAAACUUUGAUCGAAGCAACACAGGAUUUUAGUGAUAACAAUAAGCUUGGAGAGGGAGGCUUUGGCCCAGUUUAUAAGAUGUGGGCUUGUUCAAAUUCUAAGGGAACGACUAGCGACGGAAAGGAGAUAGCAGUGAAAAAGCUGUCUGCAAGAUCUGCACAGGGAAAAAGAGAAUUUAUGAAUGAAGUGGAACUGGUGGCAAAUAUUCAACACAGAAACCUUGUGAAUUUGCUUGGAUGUUGCAGCGAGGAAACCGAAAGGAUGCUUGUAUAUGAGUAUAUGCCCAACAAAAGUCUUGACACCUUCCUCUUCGACCCAGUAAAGCGCAGAACGCUCGAUUGGCAAAAGCGGUUUAAUAUCAUUAUUGGACUCGCUCGCGGCCUUCUAUACCUUCACGAGGAUUCGCAGCUUCGAAUAAUUCACAGAGACAUCAAAGCAGGCAACAUUUUGCUUGAUGAGAAUCUCAAUCCUAAGAUAGCCGACUUUGGCUUAGCCAGACUUUUUUCUGAUAAUGAAACUGAAAUCCAAUCAAGAGUUGCAGGAACCUAUGGCUACAUGGCUCCAGAAUAUGCUAUGGGUGGGCAGCUGUCUGUAAAAGCAGAUGUUUAUAGUUUUGGAGUUUUACUCCUAGAGCUUGUCAGUGGAAGAAAAAAUACAGACAUGUAUCUUUCAAAAGAAAAGCAGAGCAUGGGACUAUUGGAAUGGGCAUGGAGACUAUUCAAAGGAGGGCAUGCUCUCAAAAUUUUGGAUAUUAUGUUGGCGGGAAGUUGCCCAGAAGAGCAAGUGAUAAGAUGCAUUCACAUUGGACUUCUGUGUACACAGGCUGAUCCCGACAGCCGUCCAAUGAUAUCUAGUGUUGUUACAAUGAUAUCUAGUAAUUCUGUACCGUUACCAGAUCCAACCAGACCUGCGUAUGUAAGCAUGAGCAGUCAGAGCCCGAAUGUUAGUUUCAUUCCCACAAUUUCUUCUCGGAAUGAAAUCUCAACAAGUGAAUUAGAACCUAGAUAAUUCCUGGAAUUUCUUAUAUUGAAGAAGACUUCUUACCACAAUUCGAAUUGAGUAUUAGAAUAAAUCAAAAUAUAAUAUGAUUUCUUCUACAAUAGUUUUUAGUUUUCAGAAGUAGAAGCAACAUAUU